ACUCGGGUACUCGCACCGCACCGCGCCCCACCCCCCGAUCCCCCCGCACCGGAGAGGCGGAACAAACCCCUUCUCCUCUGCAGCUGAGACCCGAAGGAAGAGCAGCUUGGACCCGGAUCAGGUGAACGUGGAACUGCCUUUCCGGACCGGAGAUCAGCGGUAACUUCCAGUGUGAUGCAGCCGUGUGAUGGGAGAGGCAGCCGGGCAGGAUGGGCAACAAGCAGACAACCUUCACCGACGAGCAGCUGGAGGCGUUUCAGGACUGCACCUUCUUCACCAGGAAGGAGAUCCUGCGGUUACACGGCCGAUACCGUGAGCUCGCUCCUCAUCUAGUGCCGCUGGACUACACCAACAACCCCGACAUCCGGGUUCCUCCCACGCUCAUCGUCACCAUGCCGGAGCUCAAGGAGAACCCGUUCAGAGACAGAAUCGUGGAGACGUUCUCCGAGGACGGACACGGGAACCUGAGCUUCAACGACUUCGUCGACAUGUUUUCUGCACUCUGUGAAACUUCCCCCAGAGAACUCAAGACCAUCUACGCCUUCAAGAUCUACGACUUUAACAGGGACAACUUCAUCUGUAAGGAGGACCUGAAGAAGACCCUGAACAAGCUGACCAAAGGGGAGCUGAGCCCGGAGGAGGUGCUGCUGGUCUGUGAUAAGUCCAUGGAGGAGGCCGACCUGGACGGGGACAGCAAGCUCUCCUUCUCCGACUUCGAGAACAUGGUCUCAAAGGCUCCGGACUUCCUCAGUAACUUCCACGUCCGAAUAUGAGGCUCUUCAGCAGCAGAGGACAGAUGUCUCCCCCCCUGGCCCCCUCCUCACUGAACACCUCAGACCCCCCUCGACUCAGUGCCUGUCCUUUCUAUCGCCGGCGGAGAGUCUUCUUCUGGUCUCGACUCACAGAAGACGUUUUAGAAAAAAUAAAUAAAUGAAAGCGUUCUCUCUGAAGACCUUUUGGGCUACUUUUCUACCAAGAGGGCAUCUCUUCAGCCGGAGGGACGGCGUCUCUUCUGGACGGUCUCCUCUGGACGGUCUCCUCUGGAUGUUCUCCUCUGGACGGUCUCCUCUGGACGGUCUCCUCUGGACGGUCUCCUCUGGAUGUUCUCCUCUGGACGGUCUCCUCUGGACGGUCUCCUCUGGAUGUUCUCCUCUGGACGGUCUCCUCUGGACGGUCUCCUCUGGAUGUUCUCCUCUGGAAGGUCUCCUCUUGACGGUCUCCUCUGGACGGUCUCCUCUGGAUGUUCUCCUCUGGACGGUCUCCUCUGGACGGUCUCCUCUGGACAGUCUCCUCUGGACGGUCUCCUUCGGGACAGUCUCCUCUGGACUGUCUCCUUCGGGACGUUCUCCUCUGGACGUUCUUCUCGGGACGUUCUCCUCUGGACGUUCUCCUCUGGACGGUCUCCUUCGGGACGUUCUCCUCUGGACGUUCUCCUCUAGACGGUCUCCUCGGGACGGUCUCCUCGGUACGGUCUACUCUGGACGGUCUCCUCGGGACGGUCUCCUCUGGACAUUGUCCUCUGGACGUUCUCCUCUGGACAUUCUCCUCUGGACAGUCUCCUCGGGAUGGUCUCCUCUGGACGGUCUCCUUGGGACGGUCUCCUCGGGACGUUUUCCUCGGGACGGCGUCUCGCUGCUCGGAGACAUUUCCGUAGACGCCGCGGAGCAAACAGGGCUUUUCUGACUUCCGUGCUUUGCAGAAAAGUCGGAUUCUCCCACGGGCUUCUUUUCAAAAGCACAGUUUUAAAGGGCAAAACAAGUGAAGAGCUAUGUAACCUUCUCCAUGAAGUGCAUGUUGUAAAUGGCUUCCAGCUGGGUUUGGGUUCUCCUGCUGGUUCUCCUGCUGGUUCUCCUGCUGGUCUCGUGACUCGUUCCGGUGCACAAUGACAAUCAUAAACUGUAGUUCAGUUGAUGGAAGGGCUCUCUGUCAUCUCACCUGUAUACUUUCUAAUAUAUAUAAAAGGUUUUAAGGCUACAAUCCAAUAAAGGAUGUUUCUGUUGCUUCA